AUGCACCGCCUGCUUCAGCUGACUCUGGCCGUGGCCCUCUGCGCCCUCCUGGCCCCCUCUUCUUCCCUGGCCGAGCGCCGCCAUGUGUACCGCCUGGGCGGCCAGCGGUCCGCGGACGCGGCGGAGCCCCGCUUCACCUCCUCGAUCGCCAACAAGCUGUCCUCGCUGAAGGGCACAUCCACGACCACCACCGCCUCCACCACCGACUGCUGCUCACCGACCACCGCAACCACCACCACGACCUACUCCCCCACCGGGCCCACCACCUCCACGGGUACCUCGACCACCACCACCACGCCCACCACCUCAGACAGUUCCACCUCCACGGGGCGAGCCUUCGUCCCCGGCCAGGACGACCUCGAGCAGGACGAGGAGGAGGCGCCGCGCUCCUUCGAGGAGGACGACGACGAGGCCGCCAGCCUGGAGGACGACGACGACAGCGACGACGACGACGAGGAGAGCUUCUACGUGGCCGCCCCCGCCGGCGGCAGCAACGCGGUCCAGCAGUCCGCCGACUCCGCCAGCGUGGUCCGCCCCACGGAGCUGCAGUGGCGCCAGUUCCAGGCCGAGCGGCGCAACCGCCGCCGCGUGCAGCGGCUGCAGCGGGAGCACAACCAGCGCAUCCGCGCCCUGCUGCGCCGUCAGCGGGCCGCCGAGAAGCGCAGCCAGCAGCGCCUGCGCCGCCAGCGCCAGCAGAGCCGCCGCCGCGGCACGCAGCGCCAGCGCCGCAACCGCAACCGCUCGAAGGCCCAGCGCCGCCGCCAGCGCCGCAACCAGCAGAACCGCCGCCGCAGGCAGCAGCAGCAGCGCCAGCGCAGGCAGCGCCAGCAGCAGCGCCGCCGCCUGAUGCGCCUCCUGCGCCGCCGCCGCAACUGA